CCACGGGCCAGGCAGAGGCGCGGGCGCGCCCGGGAGCAGGGGCCGGGGUCGGCGCGCCUCGGACCGCCUUCGCCGCUCUGCCUGCGCCCCGGCAGGCACCGGCGUGCGGGAGCGGCGUGGGAACUUGGUGCCCCGGGAACUUGCAGGAGACUUUGCCUCCAGCCUGGAGAGCCCAAGGAAGAAUCUUGUUGAAAAAUGAGGUGAACAAGUGCUCGGGUACUCAAGAACCCUGGACAGCUACAUGAGGUGUUUAAAAACUGCCCUAACCACUUUGCUACCCAAGUCCCUGUCAUGAGGCCUGACAGGAUGAGCACGCCUUCGAGGGCCAGCAUCCUGCUCCGGAAAAACUCGGACUGCUGACCUGCUGAGAGCAAGCAGGGGACUGCUUGUUGUCUGCCAGUACAAUGAAGGAAGAGUUAUAUUGGUCACCCAAAAAGGUGACAGACUGGCUGCUGGAGAAUGCUAUGCCAGAAUACUGUGAGCCUCUGGAACAUUUCACGGGCCGGGACUUGAUCAACCUGACCCAAGAGGAUUUCACAAAACCCCCCUCGUGCCGAGUCUCCUCCGACAACGGGCAGCGGCUCUUGGACAUGAUAGAGACCUUGAAAAUGGAGCACCACAUGGAAGUACACAAGAACGGCCAUGCCAACGGGCACCUCAGCAUUGGCACAGACGUCCCCACCCCUGACGGCAGAUUCAGCAUCAAGGUCAAACCCAACGGGAUGCCAAAUGGGUAUAGGAAGGAGAUGAUAAAGAUCCCCAUGCUGGAACUGGAGCGCUCCCAGUACCCCAUGGAGUGGGGCAAGACUCUUCAGGCCUUUCUUUAUGCACUUUGCUGUUUUGUUCUCACCACAGUGAUGAUCUCGGUCGUCCAUGAACGAGUACCUCCUAAGGAGGUGCAGCCUCCACUACCGGACACGUUUUUUGACCAUUUUAACCGGGUGCAGUGGGCCUUUUCUAUUUGUGAAAUUAACGGCAUGAUCCUUGUAGGACUCUGGUUAGUUCAGUGGCUGCUCUUAAAAUACAAGUCUAUUAUUAGCAGAAGAUUUUUCUGCAUAGUUGGCACGCUGUACCUGUAUCGGUGUAUUACAAUGUAUGUAACUACACUCCCAGUACCUGGUAUGCAUUUCAACUGCUCUCCGAAGCUUUUUGGAGACUGGGAAGCCCAACUGCGGAGAAUAAUGAAGCUCAUUGCUGGCGGUGGCCUGUCCAUCACUGGCUCUCACAACAUGUGUGGGGACUAUCUGUACAGCGGCCACACGGUCAUGCUCACGCUCACCUCCUUAUUUAUCAAAGAGUAUUCCCCUCGACGACUCUGGUGGUAUCACUGGAUUGGCUGGCUUCUCAGCGUAGUUGGAAUCUUCUGUAUUCUCUUAGCGCAUGACCACUACACUGUGGACGUGGUGGUGGCAUAUUACAUCACUACAAGGCUCUUCUGGUGGUACCACACUAUGGCCAAUCAGCAAGUGCUCAAAGAAGCUUCCCAGAUGAACCGCUUGGCCCGGGUGUGGUGGUACAAGCCAUUUCAGUACUUUGAAAAGAAUGUCCAAGGAAUUGUACCUCGAUCUUACCAUUGGCCCUUCCCUUGGCCAGCAGUCCACCUCAGUAGGCCAGUUAAAUACAGCCGGUUGGUGAAUGACACAUAACAGCUGUGCAAAGCGGGGGAACGAGGACCUGUCCGAAGUGCUAAGAACUCCACGAGAGAAGACGCCAUAGAAUAAACACCUCCCUAAUCCCACUAUCUUUCAACGGUUACCUUGACUUAACCUAUUGAGUUACCUGGUCAGCACUGUGACCUUCUUUUUCUCUCCAAAGGACCUGCGUUGGACAACAAUAAAGAAAAUCUAACUUAUCAUGCACUGUACACAGUUCCUGUUCAGAAGCCUGGGAUUUACAUAACCCACAACCACCAUGUUCCUUUGUAUAUGAUGCAACAGCAUAAAUGUAAGCUUUUGUAUCCUAAGUUCUGUUUUUUCCAGUCACAUCUGGAAAUAAAGUGUAUUAUUUUUCUUGGGAAAACAUACUUUUCAUAUCUCUUGCCCCAAAGAUUGGGCUGUAAGCCAUUUUCUAGCAAAUGUCUCUGUGAAGGUUUCUAAGUACCUGAAUGGGGUCUGAUUCUGAAAUCUUUCUACCUGUUGCACCGAUAGUCAAAAAUGACAGACACAGAAAGGUUUAGUAACUUUGGGUUUUGUAAAAUCAGCAGAGACAAUGUGUCAAAAAGUGCAAAAAAAAAAAAAAGAUUCUGUUAUAAAGUGAUUUU